AUGACACUCGACUCUGUGACAGAUCCUAUUGAGCUGCCUUUGAUCGAUAUCUCAAAGUCGGAUGAUCCUGAGGUUGGAAAAGCGAUACUUGAUGCCACAAUCAAGUAUGGCUUCUUUUACAUCGACAGUAGAGCUACGGCCGUUACAAAUGCCGAUAUUGAACAGGCCUUUGCUCUAUCCAAGGAGUUUUUCAAACUUCCAGUUGAAGAGAAGUCUCUCUAUCGCAGGGAGCCAAAUAAUCGAGGAUGGAUUGGAAUGAAUGUAGAAACACUGGACCCUGAGCGCCAUGAGCGGGGGGAUUUUAAAGAGGCGAUGAAUAUUGGGGAAUUUAAAGAUGGGAAAGCCCAGCAAAAGUUACCUCAGUGUCUGGCAACCAACGAGGCGCAGAUCGCGCAUUUCACAGAUCUCUGCAAUCAAAUCUGCGGCCAGAUCCUAAGGCUUCUGGCACUUGGUCUUGAGAUGCAAGAAGAUUUUUUCACUUCUAGGCAUGAUCCAGCAAAAGGCCCUACUGGCAAUUCAGUGCGAUUGCUCUAUUAUCCAGCGGCAGUUUCCUCUUACAGACCAGACAAGGAUAUCCGAGCAGGAGCGCAUUCAGACUACGGUAGUGUGACUCUGCUCUUCCAGUGCCCUGGCCAACCAGGGUUGGAAAUUCUCACCCCAGAAAGCAAAUGGGCGCCAGUUCCAGUGUAUCCGGAUGGGAAAAUCGAUUUUCCUUUCCCUCCAAUCCUUGUUAACAUUGGAGAUAUGCUGAGUUAUUGGACGGAUGGACUUUUAAAGUCAACGGUUCAUCGGGUUGUCUUUCCUCUAGAAGAGAAGAGCGACCAGAACCACAAACCACAAGAUCGCUAUAGUAUCGCGUUCUUCUGCCAGCCCGUCAGCAGCACAGAGCUUGCGCCAGUGCCCAGCAAUAUUGUGGCCGCUUACAGAGAUCAGAAGCAAGAAAAGGGUCAAGAUGUAAUUGUCGGUCAUGGUGGCGGUGUUCGUCAUCUCCAUCUUGACAAAUACCGACUGACAGCUGGUGAGCAUUUGCAAGCCCGCUUGCAGGCCACCUACAUUUCGAGCCCCUAG